AUGGCAACUUGGGAUGAGGUGCGAGAACUGGCUAACAAACUCAAAGAAACACAAAAUCAACUUAAUAUUUGUAAACUAUCUGAUAGAACAUGGGUCGAUAUUAGACAACAUUUAAUGUCUGUGAAUAGAUUAAAACUGGUUUUCUCAACUGAUGGGCGAUCAUAUUUAACUCGGAACGAGCUCGAUAAGGAAAUCCGAGAUGAAGUUGAAGCACAUUCUGGUAGAAUUACACUUACAGAACUAGCAUCAAAUCUUGAUGUGGAUUUCGAUAUCAUUGAAUCAAGAGUCACUGAAUUGAUAACCUUAGAUGCACAAAACAAGUCGCCUUGUCGUUUGAUCAGUAUGCCUAGUGAAGUUGUCAACAGUUCAUAUGUUCGACGCGUAGCUCAUGAAAUACUUGAUCGACUAGAAGAGCAUGGCCAGACUAGUAUUGGUGAACUAACUGUCAUUUUUAAUCUCCCUACAACAUUCUUAUCGAGUAUUAUGCAAGAGUAUCAAAGUACUUUAUUUCAUGUACAUAAAUAUGGUGAGAAGUACUUUACAGAUACUUUCCUUAAUGCUACUAAGGCGAAAAUUCGAGGUUAUUUUACAGGUGUUAUCCGUCCUGUUACUUUGAGUUCAGUUGCUUCAAAGCUUCAAAUUCCUGAAAAUUUAAUUAAUAGUAUUGUCUCUAGUCUUAUCAGUACUGGUCGAUUGUAUGGUAAUCUGAUUGCCGGUCGUAGUGGCUUCGUUCCAAAAUGUUAUACUUAUGCUGAGGAUAAAUACAUCAACUCAUUUUACUCUCAGAAUGGAUAUAUUGAAUGGAAUUAUUUAAAGCGAUUGAAUAUUCCUGAUCCAGGUUCAUAUUUAAAAACUAAACUUCCGAAUGCUAUGCAUCUACCAGGUCUUACGGUUAAUACAUUAAUAGUUGAUCAGUUAAAAUCCCUCAUUUCAGGAGUAAUCCGCGACGUAUCUUGGAUAGACCUAUCCCAUUAUAUUCCAAAUGGAUUAGAUUUAAGCAUUGAUGGUAAGGACGAUGAUUAAGAUCCACUUAUGUUUGUGGGACUGAACAUUUUGUUUUCUUUAGGUGUUUUUCGAUUGGGAACAAGAAAACUAGUUGAUGAUACUGAGGUUGUUCCUCUAAUCUGGCUACUCGGAAGUAUGUUUGCAGAUUUACGUCGAAUUUUCUAUACUAUCAAGACGUCCUAUAACUCAGACUUUGGCAUAAUGACAUUUUGGUUGCCACUAGAAUUGAUUACCGCGC